AUGGCUAUGGUCAACGGCUCCGUCCCGCGAUGGGUAGCGGACCUUCAGUCUCCCCCGGCUUCAAAGUCCAAGGUCCCCGGCAUCUCCGACCCUCCAGGCUACCCGUCGCAGUUCACUGGCUCUAAGAAACAGAAGGACCAGAAGGUUCAGCCGCGCAAACAACAAUCACCCGAAGAGAUGGACACGUUGAAGGUCAAGAAGGCGUGGGAGGUCGCCCUCGCCCCCGUCAAGAACCUGCCCAUGACGGCCAUCAUGAUGUACAUGUCCGGCAACUCGCUCCAGAUUUUCAGCAUCAUGAUGGUAUUCAUGGCGUUCAAGAACCCUCUCGCCGGCCUGACGGCGGUCAACCAGGCGUUCGAGAGAUUCGAGUCGGAAACAAACAAGGGAAAGAUGCUCCAGGUCAAGCUGGCAUACGUGGCGAUGCAAUUUGUCGCGCUUGGUUUGGCUGUGUGGAAGGUCAAUUCGAUGGGACUAUUGCCGACGACGCGAUCAGAUUGGUUGGCAUGGGAAAUUUUGAAGCUCUAUCACAAGCACUUGCACAUGCUCACCGGAAACGAGACCGCAAACGGAAAGCUCCAUGGACAGAGUCGUCACAAUCGCGAAGGUGUCACAACAAGUCGGGUCAACGACGGACGUCUCACCGUGUUCCAGCCUCCCAUAUCGUACGGCUGCUACGUCCUCGCUUAUCCGAGAGAAACCGGGGCUGAGACGCUACUGGCCGCCAGAGAUCGAGGCCAGGGCGGCACACCGGAAGACGAGCGUACUACGGAGCGGAUGCUGGCCGUAAAGCACCUUGAUCUAGUCUCCUUCGAUGUCGCUGAACCGACCCGCAUUCUCCGCCGGAGGGGUUGA